CCUACUCCAUCCCGUCUGCUGACCAUCCCACCGGAGAUCCGGGAGCACAUCUACCGCCUGAUCUUGCACCCGCAUGCAAAUAGGCAAUACCACGAGGAUGAGUAUACCAGCUAUGACUACCGGUCUGCACUGGUACUCUUUCGCAUCAACCGUCAGAUUUACCUGGAGUCUCGCAAGAUCUUCCGCGAUCUCAACGUCUUCGUUCGCAUCGAAACGCCAUGGCCGGAAGCACAGCAGCAUGUCGCUUUGGAGGGUCAUGUCCCCAUAUUCGCAUCGGGGAAGAGGGUAUCCAAAUUCACUGGACACAGCUUGAACGUGGCUAUCGAUGCGCCGGAUGUUUUCAUCCCUUCGGCGACGGACGAGGAGCAGUGCUUCCUGAUACUGUUGGAUGAUCUGGAUAAGUUCACGCAGAUGUGGUUCUACUCCAAUCUGUCACAUCCGGGCCUGAAUCCGCAACUGCGGUUGACGUUGAAGCUAAGAGACCCAUACACUCCGGAUUGGGACGAAAAGCGGGUGUCGAAGAGCCUCCAGAGAGGUUUGCUGCUACCUUUCGGAAAGGUGCGCAACCUCCAUUCCGUCGUGAUCUCUGGCGAUCCAAAACCCUUGCCGUCCAUCGAGACGGAGCUCCGCGCUCUGCAAGCAUUACCUGUGCCAUCGCCGGAGCACUGUCUCCGGGAAGCAACUCGUCUCAAGCAAGAGGGUAAUGUGGAGCUGACCGCCGGGAGGUACACUGCAGCCCUUGAGCUGUACAAGGAGGCUUGGAAGGCUAUGCACGUAAUUGUGGCGGGCAGGCAACGCCACAUACACGCAGAUAGGUUUUUCGCCGGAGAGUUGCAAGAAGAGCCUUAUAAAGGCAAGAUUGGACAGCAAGAGCGGUUGGUCUUACGGGUGCAGCUGGUUGCCAACACCUGUCAAGCGUAUCUAAAGCAGGAGAAAUACGACGAUUGUGCCUACUGGGGCAAGCGUAGCAUCUCAAUGCUUCGCCAGGCGAUGGGC